UCGUGAUCCCAUCAUCGGGCACUUUUUGCUUGAUAGCAGCGGGACUGUCGAAGGGCAAGCCUCGGCCGAGCGCUGAUGCGACGACGGUCAUCUUUGUGGAAGUGGGCGCAACAUUGCGAGCAAGUCAAACCUGACCCAGCCUUGUGGCCGACGCUGCUCAUCUUUCUUCGACGCGACGGAAGCGCGGCAGCUCGCCACACUGACAUGAGCGUCUCCACCAGAUGCUAUGGCGAACGAGCCAAGGCCCAUCCUCACAAGCUGGCAAAGCGGCUUCUGACGUUGAUGGAGUCGAAGCAGACCAAUCUCUGCGUGUCUGUUGACGUCACGACCAAAACGAGCUUUUUGCGCAUCGUCGACGCCGUUGGCCCCUAUGUCUGCAUGAUCAAGACCCACAUCGACAUUCUCAGCGACUUUGACGCCGAUUUGGUGCAACAACUGCAGAGACUCAGCAAGAAGCACGACUUUCUCAUCUUUGAAGACCGAAAGUUUGCAGACAUUGGCAAUACCGUCAAGCUCCAGUACGAGUCUGGCAUUUACAAGAUCGCAACAUGGGCGCACAUCACGAACGCGCAUUCAGUGCCAGGCGACGGCAUAGUGACUGGACUCAAAGCUGUCGGCUUGCCACUAGAGCGAGGUUUGCUGUUGCUGGCAGAGAUGAGCAGUCAAGGCAGCUUCGCAACGGGUAGUUACACUUCCAAAACAGUCGACAUGGCCAGGCGACACAAGGAAUUUGUCAUGGGUUUCGUUGCAGGCAGACGCGUCGAUGCAGAUGCUGCCAACCCAGAUCCUUCAAGCUUACCGGACGAUUUCCUCUGCUUCUCACCUGGCGUCGGGUUAGCGACCAAGGGCGAUGCCAUGGGUCAGCAAUACCGUACGCCCAAAGAAGUCAUCGGCCAGUGUGGCAGCGACAUCAUCAUUGUUGGGCGGGGAAUCUACGGCGCUGGUGAGGGAUCAGAGACGUCAGUCAUUGUAGAAGAAGCGAAACGAUACAAGGAGGCCGGCUGGACUGCCUACCUCGCUCGAAUUGCUUGAUUUUUCAUUUGCUAUGUUGCAACAUUGUCAAAAAAUUGCAUUCGUGUAGUCAUAACGGUCUGCUCUAUGCAACACAAC